AUGGAGAUGGACCUAGUGCUGAAAAGUCAAGGUUUAAUUGUGCUGCUGGAGCAGGGAGGGUUAUCACUGAAGCUGCGCCUUGAAGUAGGCAUCAAGAAUUUUGUCCUUACACUUCAAAGACUGCUUGUGUCCAUUGCAGGUAACAGGCCACUGGUCCUAACAUUUGGAAGUUGCACCUGACCUUCAUUUAUGUUCAAAUUUGAUGAGUUUAAGAAGCUUGUCAAAGAUUUCAAAUCUGUAGCUGAUUUCCUUGUGAUCUACAUUGAAGAAGCCCAUGCUUCAGAUGGAUGGGCCUUUUAUAACAACAUUGUAAUCAAGCAUCACCGGACUCUCCAAGAUCGUAUGCAGGCUGCACAGAUCCUACUGAAAGAGGACCCCUUGUGCCCUGUGGUUCUAGACACAAUGGAAAACCUGAGCAGUUCCAAAUAUGCAGCUCUGCCAGAAAGACUUUAUGUGAUUCAGAGUGGAAAGGUUGUCUGCAAGGGUGGAGUGGGACCUUGGAAUUAUCAUCCCCAAGAAGUACGUGCAUUUUUGGAAAACCUAGUUUAAAUCUAUAAAUCAGACCUUGUAGUAAUCACAUAAGUGAGCAACGCACUCUCUCUGUGGUCUGCUGAAUGAAUGAAAACUGAUGCAGUAGCUAGGUUCACAUGUUAUGACAAGCAGCCCUGCAUGGUUUCCACAAUGUACAAAGUUUUGCCUGGAUGUUCCUGACAUACGAUCAAGUUGCAUUAGCAUGGUUUCCACUGUCCCUGUUCAGUCCUCCUGCUGUUGGCACAUAACCUAUCAAUC